AUGGAUGCCAACACAACUUUAUCACCGAUAACAUCGGCCCCGUCCUUUCCUGCGCCAUCUUCACCAGAUCCCCGAAAACGCUCGAUUCAUGAGGUUGACGACGCCGCCAUGACCUCGCCAAAUGCAAAGCGACCAUUAACCGAUCAUGUCGCUGAGAACCAAGAAAACCGCGACCCUUCUCUUCCAUCACAGUCUGACGAAAAUGCCUCCCCGCCAGUCGAGUUAAAGCGCACGCUUCCACCUCGCCCAACGGUUGAAAUUGUCGUGCGAAGGACGCCGAAUAGACAAGACUUAGGCGGCGAUGGCGCCUCGGAAACAAAACCCCCGACCACCAAUGCUGCUCCGGAUCCCGAGGCUGAUACACCGGCCGCUAAGAAACGCAAGCUAGCAUCGGCUGCCAAAGAUUCCAAGCAACAAGAGAAAGAAGCCAAAGAGCGACAGAAGGCCGAGGAGAAAGCGAAAAAGGAGGAAGAGAAGGUGAAGAAAGAGGAGGAAAAAGCCAAGAAGGAAGAGGAAAAGCGUGUCAAGGCAGAAGAGAAAAAGAAGCGUGACGCCGAGCGCGAAGAGGAGAAACGUCUCAGAGAGGAAGAAAAGCGCAAGAAAGACGCCCAACGUGAAGAGGAGCGCAAACAACGUGACGAAAAGAAGAAGGCAAAGGAAGAUGAAAAGGCCGCCAAAGAAGAAGAGAAGCGCAAGAAGGAUGAGGAGAAGGAGAAAAAGACCCGGUCGCAAAUGAAAUUGAACUCUUUCUUUGCGAAACCACCGGCACCCUCUGCCUCACCGGGACAUGCAGCUACCGCUCCUGCCCCCAGAAAGCUAUCCACUACAGCCGAUCCAGCUGAUGACACUCGAGGCUCGCGGUCCGACUAUGAGCGAGAGUUUCCUGCCUUCUUCCUACAGUCCCAUACAACCGUGGCACCUUCCCAUCGGUUUGAGCGUGACUCCGAUGCCCUUAGGCACGUACGCGAAACGAUCGAUGCAUCUCUAAGCAAAGAAAUCCCUACUGCAGUACAUCCAUUCCGCCCAUCAGAAGUCUUCCAGAUAAUUCCCUUCCAUCGCAGGGGCCAGUCAACACCCUCUGUUAAGAACAUAGUCUUACAGCUACAGAAAUCCGAGGAUCCCAACCAGCCAACUCAGAGCCCGGAAACCACCUCGUCUAUAGACCCCCGGGAUCUUUUGCGCAAAAUCACGAUGAAAUCUCUUAAGUUUGGCGAGGACAUCCGCCCUCCCUACCAGGGAACUUAUACCCGUCAAGUUCCAGAGUCAUCCGUGAGACGACUCGCGCGAAAUCCCUAUUUCCGUGGGUUACCAGACACUAAUUAUGAUUAUGACUCCGAGGCUGAAUGGGAGGAACCCGAAGAGGGCGAAGAGCUGGACUCUGAAGAAGAAGACGAAGGUAGUGAUGAGGGCGAAGAUGAUCUCGAUGGGUUCCUAGAUGACGAGGAUGAUGCGCUUGCUGAAGGCAAGCGCCGUCUGAUUGUUGGCGAUUUAGAGCCGGUCUCCACUGGAAUCAAGUGGGCUGCCAAUGGCGUCGAUCCUGAAAUGCAGGUCUAUCAAAUUGAGACUAUAUCCGAUGCGGUCAAGUUUCCCAUUGACCCAUUUUCGACUGCAUACUGGGAGAAACCCAAGUCCGUGGACCAGGCGCCUGCCAAAGUGCGAUUCGCCGCAGCGAUAGAUGGAUUCCUUGUCCCUGCAGUCCCUGGCGCCCCGGCAGCCGCCGCUGUACCUCCCACAUCUAAAGCCAAACGACCGUUCCCACCAGAUCAACUCGCGGAAUUCAAAGAGGCGGUUGAAGGCAGUGAUCUUAGUAAGAUCGGGUUGGUCGAGAUCUUGAAGAAACGAUUCCCCAAGGUGUCCAAAGAAACCCUUAAAGCCACCCUCGAUCAGGUCGCCGUUCGUGUCGGACAAAAAGAAGUCGACAAGAAAUGGGUCUGCCGGUGA